CAAAGUAAUAACUAAAUAUAUUAAGUUUAGCUAACUCUUCCAUUAUCCUCUUAAAUUUUCUUCCUCUUAAAUAUUAUACGCAUAAAUAGAUAUGGAGGAGAUUCGCCGGGCUGCUGUAGCUUAUUACGAACAUCUGUCCGAAAAUAACAAGAAACUGGCCAGGAAAACUUUCAAAUCCAUGGAUAAGAACGGAGACGGGAAAAUUAGCCUACUUGAAUACGUGGGUUAUCUCAAGAAAAACAAAGCCACAGAUUUCAUUCAUCCUGGUAUCUUUACGGCGGUGGACAAGGACGGCAAUGGAAGCUUGGAUUUUGAGGAAGCAAUCGUCUUGUUCUACAUCAUGCAGAGUGGAAGGGCUAUAAGUUGCCAGUCUUGUGAGAAGUUCUUGGCAGGAGCAUACUUCAGUUGCUCUCAAUGUUUCUUCAAUGAUUCAGUUAGCACCUAUGAAAUUUGUUGUGAAUGUUAUGGUCGUAAAAAUUUCACACACCACGAUGGUGCCAUCUUCUGCGAUAACUAUACUUUACUACUUCAAAGCAGGAGCGUGAUACAAGAGGCCCCCAUAAAGAAGCGAAGAAAGGUGCUUAAAACCCUUAAAAUGAGACUGACAGUUGCAGAGAUAACUGUUGGCCUUGCAAGCAUAACUGUCGGUGUUGCUGAGCUUGCAUCAAAAGUUCACUGUAGCAUUAUGUGAAAUAACCAAUGAUGCAUUUUAUCAUCAGUCAAUUGCUGAUGAGGUAAGAGGAAAUGACUGGAAACUCUUCUAGUGAAGCUCACAUCCAGUAGAGAAUAAGCUCAAGUUACUUUAUAAAAUUGUAUUUUUUUUUUGUUGCAAUUGUAUUCUCAUGUGUACUUUUGGAGGGCAUUGUAAAUUUGUUACUUUAAUCUUAAGCUGCCUUUGUGUAAAAUCAUGUAGUAAAUGAAGUUUAUCUAGUAAAAUCAUUGAGCACACCAUCGCAAGUGAUUUCAUUGCAAGUAA